AUGCAGAUCUUUGUGAAGACCCUCACUGGCAAGACCAUCACCCUCGAGGUUGAGUCCUCGGACACAAUUGACAAUGUCAAGGCAAAGAUCCAGGACAAGGAGGGAAUGCCACCGGAUCAGCAGCGUCUGAUCUUUGCUGGCAAGCAGCUCGAGGAUGGGCGGAUGCUCGCCGGCUAUAACAUCCAGAAGGAGUCUACCCUCCACCUUGUCCUCAGGCUCAGCGGUGGCAUGCAGAUCUUUGUGAAGACCCUGACUGGAAAGACCAUCACACUGGAGGUCGAGUCCUCAGACACGAUAGACAAUGUGAAGGCCAAGAUUCAAGACAAGGAGGGCACUCCACCAGACCAGCAGCGCCUCAUCUUUGCCGGGAAGCAGCUCGAGGAUGGCCGCACCUUGGCUGACUACAACAUUCAGAAAGAGUCCACCCUUCACCUUGUGCUCAGGCUAAGGGGAGGCAUGCAAAUCUUUGUCAAGACUCUGACUGGGAAGACCAUCACACUUGAAGUUGAGUCUUCUGAUACGAUCGAUAACGUAAAGGCAAAGAUUCAAGACAAGGAGGGCAUCCCACCGGACCAGCAGCGCCUCAUCUUUGCUGGAAAGCAACUCGAGGAUGGCCGCACUCUUGCUGACUACAACAUUCAGAAGGAGUCCACCCUCCACUUGGUGCUCCGCCUCCGUGGUGGUAUGCAGAUCUUUGUGAAGACGCUGACUGGCAAGACCAUCACCCUGGAGGUCGAGUCGUCUGACAUGAUAGACAACGUGAAGGCAAAGAUCCAGGAUAAGGAGGGCAUCCCGCCGGACCAGCAGCGCCUGAUCUUUGCUGGUAAGCAGCUUGAGGACGGCCGCACCCUGGCGGAUUACAACUUCCAGAAGGAGUCUACACUUCACCUGAUUUCACCGUUGCAAAUUUAUGUAGUGUUUGCUUGUGCCCACACAUCUGCUAUUCGCCAGUUCUUGGAAGCUUAUUAUUAUCUUAUUUCUGAUAUUAAGAUGGGCGAUUUAGAAAUGGCUUGGAGGGAAGAGCUUCUCAGAUACCUGCAGCCCAAGUAUUACUGA